AUGCGUCGGGAGGUGUUCUUCGCCUUGCAGGCCGCAUUCCUGCUGCUUAUCGUCCUCAGUCUCUAUCUCGGCCACGACCAGCUUUCCCAAAUCUCGCCAUCUUUCUUGAAGCCCAACCAUUGGAUUCACGUCAAUGGGACACAGGCUUCUGUGUCCGCUAUUGCCUCUCCUACCACAACCACAAAUGCCACAACGACUGUCGCCAAUCCAACCGCAACCACGCCCGCCGACAAUGUUCCAAUACCCACCGUUCUCUCGGCCGCCAACCGCACUGCCUAUGUAGCCGCGAUCAUGAACCCCGAUGAGAAGAACCUUCCACGACUCGAAUGCCCUACCUUCAAUCCUUCGCGAUACGAAUACCUCGCCGUGCAGGACGAUGAGGGUGAGGCCGAUGUAUCGGGAAUCCAGUACUUCUUUGCUCUCGAUCUCCGCGAGUGCUUGCAUCUGUUGCCUCGCCUCAUCGGAAGCAUCGUCGAAGCCAUCCGCUUCCUCGGCCCUCAAAGCUGCGCGCUCUCCAUCAUCGAAGGCAACUCUCACGACGGCACAGCCGAGGUUCUGGCGGCAUUGCGCCCGGAGCUUGAUGCACUCACCACAACAUACUACUUCAAGUCGAGCGACAUCAACCCCAAGCAAGGAGACCGCAUUACGAAGCUUGCCGAACUCCGCAAUUUGGCGCUGCAGCCCAUGCUCGACCCCAACAACUCAAAGCUUUACCCUGCCGAAGCGAACACGACUGUCAUCUUCCUCAAUGACGUUGCCGCUUGCACCGACGAUAUCCUCGAGCUGGUACACCAGCGCCGCUUCCUUGGUGCCGACAUGACUUGCGCCAUGGACUGGACCUAUGCCGGCCAAGAUCCGACCUUCUACGACGUAUGGAUUGCCCGGACACUGGCUGGAGGGGACUCCUUCUUCGACAUUCCGGCUGAUGGUAACUGGAAUUCUGCCUGGAACAUCUUCUGGAACGAACCUACUGCGCGUGAACGCUAUCUUGCCCACCAGCCCUUCCAGGUCUUCUCAUGCUGGAACGGAGCCACCGCUUUUACCGCGAAGCCCUUUCUGGAGAAGAAGGUGACCUUCCGAGCUCCGAGAAAGGGCGAGUGUAUGCAAGGCGAGCCCCAGCUUCUUUGCAAGGACUUCUGGUGGCAUGGAUAUGGCAAGAUCGCUGUUGUACCGACUGUCAACCUCGAGUACUCGGACGAGAAGGGAAAGAAGAUUAAGGAGGCUAAGGGCUUCACGAGCCAUUUGGUUGGCGCAGAGGGUCACAGGGACGAUGCCAUUCAGUGGCAGGCGAGCCCGCCCGAAAAAGUCAAGUGCAUGCCUGACUACGCCCAUCAGUUCUUUGAGGAAUGGAACAAGACGCAGCCUGGGGUAUGAGCCAGAUAUGUGUCGAGAAUGACACUACAGCAGUCCGCACAGCUAAAGCAUGCCAUUCGGAGCAUGGCCCUCCCCGGGAAUGGAAUGGACAGCAUUCUGACAGUACUGGAAUGUCUCCUGAUGUACAUUCUGAACAUUCGCCACAGCGAAGAAUGCCCGGAAACAGAUAAUGGAACUGGAAUGCAUCUGUCCCUGAGUAACAGCAACUCGAUGUCU